AUGCACCACCGAUCUAGAUCUACUGGGGAUCCACCAGAGAUCUACUGGGGAUCUACCGGGGAUCCACCAGAGAUCUACUGGGGAUCUACCGGGGAUCCACCAGAGAUCUACUGGGGAUCUACUGGGGAUCCACCAGAGAUCUACUGGGGAUCUACCGGGGAUCCACCAGAGAUCUACUGGGGAUCUACCGGGGAUCCACCAGAGAUCUACUGGGGAUCUACCGGGGAUCCACCAGAGAUCUACUGGGGAUCUACCGGGGAUCCACCAGAGAUCUACUGGGGAUCCACCGGGGAUCCACCAGAGAUCUACUGGGGAUCCACCGGAGAUCUACUGGGGAUCAACCAGAGAUCUGUAGAGAUCUACUGGGGAUCCACCAGAGAUCUACUGGGGAUCCACCAGAGAUCUGUAGAGAUCUACUGGGGAUCCACCAGAGAUCUACUGGGGAUCCACCAGAGAUCUACUGGGGAUCAACCAGAGAUCUGUAGAGAUCUACUGGGGAUCCACCAGAGAUCUACUGGGGAUCCACCAGAGAUCUACUGGGGAUCUACCGGGGAUCCACCAGAGAUCUACUGGGGAUCUACCGGGGAUCCACCAGAGAUCUACUGGGGAUCAACCAGAGAUCUACUGGGGAUCCACCGGAGAUCUACUGGGGAUCCACCGGAGAUCUACUGGGGAUCCACCGGAGAUCUACUGGGGAUCCACCGGAGAUCUACUGGGGAUCAACCAGGGAUCCACCAGAGAUCUACUGGGGAUCAACCAGGGAUCCACCGGAGAUCUACUGGGGAUCCACCGGAGAUCUACUGGGGAUCCACCGGAGAUCUACUGGGGAUCCACCGGAGAUCUACUGGGAUCAACCAGGGAUCCACCAGAGAUCUACUGGGGAUCAACCAGGGAUCCACCAGAGAUCUACUGGGGAUCAACCGGAGAUCUACUGGGGAUCAACCAGAGAUCUGUAGAGAUCAACUGGGGAUCCACCAGAGAUCUACUGGGGAUCCACUAGGGAUCUGCUUGGGAAUCACCAGAGAUCUCCUGGGGAUCAACCAGAGAUCCGUUGAGAUCUAUUGGGGGUUCACCAGAGAUCUGCUGGGAUUCGCCAGAGAUCUGCUGGGGAUUCCUGGUAAUCCACCAUGGAUUUAUUGGAAAUCCACCAGGGAUCUACUGGUGGAUCCACAGAAGAUUCUCAGUUAAUCCACGGAAGAUCCUCUGUAGAUUUACAGAAGAUCAUCAUUAGAUAAUAGACCUAAAGAAAAAGUGUUGGUGGAUCUUCCAAAGGAACUGUCGAUUUACAGAUGAUCCCUAUAGAUCCAGAGAACAUCUUCCGUAAAUUAUUGUAGAUGAUCACCAGUAGAUCCAAUUGAAAAUAUAUCUUGAGUAGAUCUGUAGCUGACUCUUGUUCUUUUAUACACAACCAAUUGCAGAAGGAUCUGCAGUAGAUCCUCUCGUACUUCUUUUCUUCUGUUUGACUCCUAUAAAUAAAGGGUUAAUCUUUGGUAAAA